CAGGAGAGAACAGCUGAUAGGCUGCAGCUUGCAGUGGGGCGGGAGCUGGUCCCGGAAGCCCCGACGACCCCAGAUUGUUGCCGUUGCCUUCCUUGCCGCCGCGCCGUUGCCGCCUCGCUGCCGCCGCAUUUCCCCCCCCCCCCCCCGGUUGUAUUUUGGAGAUGUCAAAGGUUUGUGCCAUUUUUGGAGGUUCUCGGGGAAUUGGUCAGGCUGUCGCACAGCUCCUAGCACAGAAAGGAUAUUGCCUGGCUGUUAUAGCAAGAAAUCUGGACAGGGCUCAAGCUACAGUGGAUAGAUUAGGAGCAGGUCAUCUUGCACUGAGUUGUGAUAUCACCAAAGAAGAAGCCAUCCAAAAAACAUUUAAAGAAAUAGAGAACAAACUUGGUCAUAUAAGCUAUCUGGUUAAUGCUGCAGGUAUCAACAGGGAUGGACUACUGUUACGAACCAAAUCUGAAGAUAUGAUAUCUCAGCUUCACACCAAUCUUUUGGGAACCAUGCUGACAUGUAAAAUUGCUGUAAAGAGUAUGAUUCAACAGCAGGGUGGUGCUAUUGUUAAUGUUGGAAGUAUUGUUGGAUUAAAAGGUGGUGCAGGUCAAAGUGCAUAUAGUGCUAGCAAAGCAGGAUUAGUUGGAUUUUCACGCUCUUUUGCCAAAGAAGUAGCACGAAAGAACAUUCAAGUCAACAUGGUUGCUCCAGGCUUCAUUCAUACAGAUAUGACAGCCCAUUUGAAAGAAGAAGAGCUGAAAAAAACAAUUCCCCUUGGAAGAUUUGGGCAGCCACAGGAGGUUGCCCAAAGUAUUGCAUUCCUUUUAGAAACUCCUUAUGUAACAGGUCACGUUUUGGUUGUAGAUGGAGGCUUGCAGCUUCUAAUUUAAACACUAUGAAUUCUACAUGAAAAGAUAUUCAGCAAUUCUAAACAUCCCCGAAGAGAUCUAAGCAAUAUCCUUAUUAUAUUUUAACUCAAAUUAAAAAAAAGAAAAGAUAACAAGGUUCCAUUUUAGUUGUGUUUGAAAAUAGAAGAUUAAAAUAAAUAUAUU